AUGAAGCUGGAGUGGCAUUCCCAGCUUGAUAUAGAGUAUCAGCCUACUAACAACUAUCGUCGCACUUCCAUCAUUGGCACUAUUGGCCCAAAGACAAACUCCGUUGAGAAGAUCAAUAUCCUCCGCAAAGCUGGUCUCAAUGUUGUUCGCAUGAACUUCUCCCAUGGCUCUCAUGAGUACCACAAAUCCGUCAUUGACAACUCUAGAGAAGCCGAGCGCAUCCAGUCCGGUCGUCCCCUCGCAAUUGCUCUCGACACUAAAGGACCAGAGAUCCGUACCGGAAACACUCCCGGAGACAAGGAUAUUCCCAUCAAGGAGGGAACGGAGUUAAACAUUACAACCGAUGAUAAAUAUGCCACUUGCAGUGAUGACAAGAACAUGUAUGUCGACUACAAGAACAUCACCAAAGUCAUCUCAAAGGGCAAGUUGGUAUACGUAGACGAUGGCGUUCUCUCAUUCGAAGUCCUCAAUGUGGUUGAUGAAAAGACCCUGCACGUCAAGUGCCUGAACAAUGGAAACAUCUCAUCCAAGAAAGGCGUAAACUUGCCCGGAACCGAUGUCGAUCUCCCAGCACUGUCUGAAAAGGAUAAGGAUGACCUACAGUUCGGCGUCAAGAACGGUGUCGACAUGAUCUUUGCUUCCUUCAUCCGUCACGGAAGUGACAUCAAGCACAUCCGCGAGGUCCUGGGCGAGGCAGGAAAGGAGAUCCAGAUCAUCGCCAAGAUCGAAAACCAGCAAGGAAUGAACAACUUUGACGAGAUUCUGAAGGAAACGGACGGUGUCAUGGUUGCUCGUGGUGAUCUUGGUAUCGAGAUCCCCGCCGCAAAGGUAUUCAUUGCUCAGAAGAUGAUGAUCGCCAAGUGCAACAUCAAGGGUAAGCCGGUCAUCUGCGCUACCCAGAUGUUGGAGUCUAUGACCUAUAACCCACGCCCAACUCGUGCUGAGAUAUCUGAUGUUGCCAACGCCGUGCUUGACGGUGCCGACUGUGUGAUGCUGUCUGGCGAAACUGCCAAGGGCAACUAUCCCAGAGAGGCCGUGGUGAUGAUGCACGAGACUUGUCUUCUCGCUGAAAUCACCAUCCCAUACGUUAGCGUCUUUGAUGAACUGCGUAACUUGGCUCCCAGGCCAACCGACACCGUCGAGUCCAUUGCUAUGGCGGCCGUUUCUGCCAGUUUGGAAUUGAACGCCGGCGCCAUCUUGGUCCUCACCACCUCCGGCAACACUGCUCGUCUCCUCUCCAAGUACCGCCCUGUCUGCCCCAUCAUCAUGGUUACUCGCAACCCCAGAGCUGCGCGAUACUCCCAUCUAUACCGUGGUGUAUACCCCUUCAUCUUCCCCGAAGCCAAACCCGACUACAAGGUCGAGGACUGGCAGGAAAACGUCGACUACCGCCUGAAAUGGGGUAUUUCCCAGGCCAUCGAGCUCAACAUCAUCGCCAAGGGCACCUCCGUUGUCUGCGUUCAAGGAUGGCGUGGUGGCAAGGGACACACGAACACCAUCCGUGUUGUUCCUGCUGAGCCAAACCACCUAGGCCUUGCUUUGGAUGAGUAA